GUUUCGAAAAUUGAUUUAUUUGUUGAAAUACUGGAAAAAUCGCUAGGGCUCUAUGGAAAAUAAACUGAAGAAUUUCGAUGCUGAUGCUAAACCUUGCUCUAAAUCUUGCCAAUCUUUUGUACUUUUCCAAGUCUCUUAGGUGGCCGUGGGUAUCCACAUUCAUGGUUGAUUGAUCAAAAGAAUCGUCAAAUUACUGGCUACUCACCCAAACAACUGUUGGAUGCUUUAGCAGGUAUGGAAGCGGGAAAGAUUUCUAGCAAACAGCGAACAUCGUUACAAGUCACCAUAACAUGGACAUUGCUUUGCACCAGUGCCAUUUGCUUGGCAGCUCGGAAUGAGACAAGGCAACGAGUAAUAUUAAUAUCAGUCGAUGGUUUUCGUUGGGACUAUAAAAAUUAUGAAGGUUAUAAUAUGACCAAUUUGCAUACAAUGAUAGAAAAUGGAGUUACAGUCGACUAUGUGAAGAACGUUUUUCCAACAAAUACGUAUCCAAACCAUCAAAGCAUAGUUACUGGACUUUACCCGGAAAAUCAUGGGAUUAUUGAUAAUAGGAUGUUUGAUCCAACCAAUGGAACCAUUUUUGAACCAGGAGUAAAAGACGAGCGGUGGUGGAACAAAGCAGAACCAUUGUGGAUUACAAAUCAGAAGCAAGGUUUUUUAAGUGGUGUUGGCUACUGGCCUGGAUAUGAAGUCACAUGGAAUGGAACACGUGCAAACCUCACAUUCGAGGGCUCACCUCCCUACGUAAAGGAUAACAAAAAAUCAUUGAACUUCAAUAAAAGAGUUGACACGGCUGUCAAGUGGCUUGAGAAAUGCAAAAAUGUCACAUUUGUUGCGCUGUACUUUGAAGAACCAGAUGCCACAACACAUGAUCACGGAGCCGAUUCGAAUAAGACAAAAGUAAAAGACCUGUUCAAAACUGCUUUAUCGAAUGUUGACCUUGCCAUUGGACAUUUGAUAGAGAAGCUGAACAGCUCAUAUCUCCUUAAUGAAACAAACAUAAUCAUAAUUGGUGACCAUGGCUCAAUGAAUACAUCCCAUGAAAAAGUCAUCGACAUAGACAAGUAUGUUGACAGUGUGAAGACAAUGCGGUAUUUAGCAGGCUUUACGUAUGCAUCGGUAUGGCCAAAGGCCGGAAAACUAAUGGAAAUAUAUAACAAGCUAAAAGGCAAGAAUCCGCAUUUGAAAGUUUAUUUGCGGAAAGAGAUUCCAGAGGUGUUCCACAUUAAGAAAUGCAAUCGAACUGCUCCACUUAUCUUGAUGCCCGACCCGGGUUGGAUCAUUAGUGCCAAAAAAGAAAAGGUACCAUACCUUAAAGAGGACUUUUGUCGCGGUGAACACGGAUAUACAAACAUGUGUCGAAAAAUGAACCCUGGUUUUUUAGCAUUUGGUCCGGCUUUCAAGAAGAAGUUCGAGAAGGAAUCAAUAGAAAGUGUGGAUAUUUAUGAACUUAUCUGUCGCAUACUUGGUAUAAAGCCAAACAAAAACGACGGGAAACUAGAAAGAACUAAAGAUUUUCUUGUGAAGGACUUGUAAAUACCAAAAUACAAAUACUUGAUCUGACAUGAGAACACACGCUUUGUAUAUCCUUUUAAUUUUUCUAUCAGAACAAGAAUCGAUUUUUGUAUUUUUUUGUCUAAACUUAAGAUCUUACUUCAAAAUCCCAUCUCAAAACAACCAAUGAUGAGAUCCAGUGACGGAUAGUUUCCUUGAGCUUUGAAAGCCUUCCUCGGUAAAACAAUGAAAAUAUG